CCUUACCCUGAGUCCUCCUUUUGGACCCUGUCUGUUUCUACAGGUGUUAGUUACUGUUGCUCUUGAGUCAUCAGUGUUACCUGCCAUUGCAUGGCAUCUGGGUAACUGGUUCUGGUUAGAUCACUCUCAUAUCCCUAACACAGCCGUAGUCAUUGCCUAUUGGCACUUGGUUGGUACCACCCAUAUUCUAUUUAUUCCAAACUCAUUGAAUUGCAUGGCCUCGUGUGCCUUGUUUGGCACCAUUCCCUGGCCCAAACUCACCUAAUCAACUAGCAUAUAUAUCAGUUAGAGAUAAAGCUAUACAUACACCAGCUGCUCCCUGUGUUCAAAAGGAGAAAAGGGUUUCUUACCUUUGGCCUUUCCGGUCUCCAGCGCAGCCAUAAUGUGGCUUAUCUAAAGGUCUGAUAGGUGGGGCACCUAGCUCUACCCAGCUUUCCAGCUCCUUUCAAUUCCCUUGUUAUAGCUUCCUCAGACACAGUGGCCAGGAAUUACACAGAGAUUUUACAAAGGGGAUUCUCACAACCUCCAUAUCUGUUGGUCCAGGCACAAUGCCCAGCGUAUUUAAGACAAUCACAAGAGCUGUGGUCCAGGAGUUGGAUGCUGGAGGCGAUAUGAUUGAAGUCAGAAGCGUCCUUGAUGCUGACAAGUUUCAUUGUUUCUGUCUGGUGAUGGGGAUGAAUACAUGCCUUUGCUACAGAACAGACCUCACCCUGGAGGACAUACUGGAGAGUGACGAGGGUGAAGGGCAGUGUGAUGAGCUGGAUUCUGGGCUUCCCGGUCAUUAUGAGCUCUUCUUGGGGUUUUCUGGAUUUGAGAAGCCCCAGGGCUCAAAGGCUGCGUUCCAAGCUGUGGAUGUGGUAGACUCAACAGGGGAGUCCACAGUGAAAUUGCUCAGGGGAAUUACAAUCGAAGGGGCCUUCCAAGAGUCCCACAAGCAUGACAUCACGAUGUUGUGGUCCAGGAUAUCCAGCCAUAUCUGGAUUCCUUCCAGGACAGGUGAAGCUGGAGGUAGGCAGCAGUGGGGAGAAGGAAAAGGAGAAGCCCCUAGGGCAUCUGAGUGGGGGCAGCCUCACUCCCACCCACUCCUUUACUCAAGCAUGCCGUACUCUUCUCCACCUUCAGGAAGCUGUCUCAUUCUCCCAGGAUCAGGAAAUCUUCUUCUGAUGCCCUCAAUUCACUCACAUCCCUGCUGCCCUCCAGGUCGCUGGGUUUAUCGCCAGCACUCAGUUGGGUUAAGAACCUACCUCUAUAGGAAAGUCUUUGAACUUGGAGGAUUUAGAAACAUGAAGGAGAAGGUGCAGGACACAGUGAGUGGUCUCCGGGAUCUGACUGAAGAGGAGCGGGAAGAUGUGCUAAGCUACCUCACUCAGUGCCUCACCACAGAUGAGGAGCUGAAGGAUCUAGAUGAAAAAGUGUCUAAAGUCCUGACCUCCGGUGAGCUGCAGACGGAGGGCCCAGCAGGUCCUCUCCUAAGUAGCCUUUUUAAUGCUGCUGGCAUCUUGGUUGAGGCACGCGUAGAAGCCAUUCCGGAGUUCCUGGAAGCCUUGAAGGAGCUGUCAGAGGAGAAGGAGCUUAUGGCUGAGACCCUGAAGAAGGGGACCCUGCCCCUGAUGAAGGACCGGGUGGAGUCUCUCCUGGAGCAGAACUGGGGUGAGCAGCCCUGGGAUGUGGGCUGUGCCCUUGAACUCUAUGCGCUCUAUGUUGCUGUCUCCAUCCUGCUGCAGCUGAGUGAGAAGCCUGCCUCUGUGCUUCCUGCUGAUGCUGUAACCAUUGAGUGA